AUGAACAAAUCCAUCCGCAGUCGACAAGGAUUCCCGUCCCUUCCUAGACCUCUCAAGUGGUGGGUUCCAAACGUCACUGGUCGAAUACCUGAAGGCCGUUUCUUCGACAUGUAUGCUUACUUGGAAGGCAGUGUGGAAUCAAGGCGGCACUUAUUAUUCAACCUGGUCCAUGAUCAAGUAUACCGUGUCCACGACCAAACACAUCGUGCAGAGGACACCUCUACUCGGUGUCCGAUGUAUAAUGGCACCAUCACAGACGGUCGGUACUCCCGUCAGUACCUGAUGUCUGGAAGGUUGUUCAGGACUUUGACAAGCAACAAUUCAAGCGAAGAAUGGGAAGCUAUAGUUUAUGGGUACAUGAAAUAUGUGCAAGACUGUCGCACAGUACUCCGCAGACAUCGCAGUGAGUGGAGUAAAAGACUCUCACGCAUCACAUCAGAAUUGAUGGUCAAUGAUGGAAAAGAAGUUGGUGACGAAAAAGAAGCUGGUGACGACAAAGUCAACCAUGCUUUAUAUUGUAUUUGUCGUUUGUACCAUGAAGACCAUACGUUUCGUAGAGUUAUUAAGACCCAAUAUGUCCUCUUUCUCAUGAAGCAUGUCAAUGAGCUGAAUGUCAAUGAGCAGCAUGGCAAUGAGAAGAAUGGUAUUAGAAUGAAUGGCAUCAAUGAAGGUGCGGACCAGAGUAUGCCGCUGCUUCUAGACUCGUUUGUUUACCCUUGGUUGGUUUACGCGUUGUUACUGGAAUCGCAAGGUACAUGUGAAGGUAUAGCCGCGAAAGGUACGGGCGAAGGUUUAAUGCCCGUCUUGGGCCGCCUAAGAGUGUCCACGACGGCAAGCAAGAGUGAGGUCAGGGCUGGGUGUUGUGUGGUUCCUCGACAUCAUCCGUACAUGUGUUUCUGUUCUCGUUCCCAAGCCCUUGUUCCCGAGCCCUGUUCCAAGGUUCCACGCAAAUAG